GCCUGCGCAGUCCCUCCCGGCGGCGCCGCUGCAGCGAGAGGCGUCUGCCCGACCUGGUUUCGGCUUCCGGCUUCCCUCCCUCUAUCUCUCUCUAUCUCUCUCUCUCGGUCUUUUUCGGGCGAGCAUGGCGACGGACUCGUGGGCUUUGGCGGUGGACGAGCAGGAAGCGGCCGCUGAGUCGUUGAGCACCUUGAACCUGAAGGAUGAGAAACUCAAGCCGGACUCCAAUGGGGCUGUUGUCAAGGCAGACGACAACGUGGAGAAGGCUGAAGAGGAGGAAAAAGAGGACCGAGCGGCCCAGUCGUUGCUGAACAAGCUGAUCCGCAGCAACCUGGUGGACAACACUAACCAAGUAGAGGUGCUUCAGAGGGACCCCACGUCGCCUCUCUACUCCGUCAAGUCCUUCGAGGAGCUGCGCCUGAAGCCCCAACUCCUGCAGGGCGUCUAUGCCAUGGGUUUCAACCGGCCAUCAAAGAUCCAGGAGAACGCCCUGCCCAUGAUGCUCGCAGAACCUCCCCAGAACCUGAUCGCGCAGUCUCAGUCUGGGACGGGCAAGACGGCGGCUUUUGUCUUGGCAAUGCUUAGCAGAGUGGAACCCGAAAACAAAUAUCCGCAGUGUCUGUGCCUUUCACCCACAUACGAGUUGGCCCUCCAGACGGGAAAGGUGAUUGAACAGAUGGGCAAGUUUUACCCGGAGCUAAGGCUGGCCUACGCCGUCCGGGGCAACAAACUGGAGCGUGGCCAGAAGAUUGCCGAGCAGAUUGUCAUCGGCACCCCGGGCACCGUCUUGGACUGGUGCUCCAAGCUGAAGUUCAUCGACCCCAAGAAGAUCCGGGUCUUCGUCCUGGACGAGGCGGAUGUCAUGAUAGCCACCCAGGGGCACCAGGAUCAGAGCAUCCGGAUCCAGAGGAUGCUUCCUCGCGAUUGCCAGAUGUUGCUUUUCUCGGCCACCUUCGAAGACUCGGUGUGGAAGUUCGCCGAGAAAGUGGUCCCUGACCCCAAUAUCAUCAAGCUCAAGCGGGAGGAAGAAACGCUGGACACCAUCAAGCAAUACUACGUCCUCUGCAACAGCCGGGAGGAGAAAUUCCACGCCCUCUGCAACAUCUACGGCGCCAUCACAAUUGCCCAAGCGAUGAUUUUCUGUCAUACUCGCAAGACGGCCGGCUGGCUAGCAGGGGAGCUCUCCAAGGAAGGUCACCAAGUGGCUCUCCUGAGCGGCGAGAUGAUGGUGGAGCAGCGAGCCGCCGUGAUCGAGCGCUUCCGUGAGGGCAAGGAGAAGGUUCUGGUCACCACGAACGUCUGCGCCCGAGGGAUCGACGUGGAGCAGGUCUCCGUGGUCAUCAACUUCGAUCUCCCGGUGGAUAAAGACGGGAAUCCCGACAACGAGACGUACCUCCACCGCAUCGGCCGCACGGGUCGCUUCGGCAAGCGGGGCUUGGCCAUCAACAUGGUGGACAGCAAGCACAGCAUGAACAUCCUCAACAGGAUCCAGGAGCAUUUCAACAAGAAGAUCCACAAACUGGAUACAGAUGAUCUGGAUGAAAUUGAGAAAAUCGCCAACUGAAUGGGCCGUCGGCCGCAGCCGGCCUGCACACCCUCCCCCCCAGUACGAUGGGAUCAGCAUUCUGACUGGCACGAGUCUCGGUCGCACACACAAAGGGGGACAUCUUUAGAGAAAACAAAUACACAGAAAUUACCUCAUCUUCAAACAAAAAAGAGAAAAUGGUGACCAGACUUGGUUUAGAGACAGAAAAAAAAAUUCAAGGGGAAAGAAAUGUUUACAAUAAUUGUUGACUUUUCUUUUUUUGGGUUCAGCCUUAAAAUGGGAAGAUCUCUCUAAUUCUAAAAAUGCCAAAAAAAA